AUGAAUGGAAGGCAAGGUAGAGAGAAAAAGUUGAACACAUUUCAAAAAUUAAAAAGUUACACAGAGAUGAAGUUGAAAAAGCCAACGAAUGAGUGUAAAGAUAUGAUGAGAUGUGGUAACGGAGGAACAUGUUCACAAUUUUGGUCAUCUUACACCUGCCAAUGUUCACUUACUGGAUUUGUCGGAGAUUCAUGUUCACAAGUGGGCGUGGUUUACGAGUUCGGCCAAUCAGGUGGUUUGUUUACGUUCAAAUACCCCGACAGCGCUUGGCCAGACAGUCAAACUGACCAAUUAGCUUUCAGAUUUCUGGCCAGAAAGUCGAGCGGCGUGUUGGUGCGUGUCGUCAGUGGCACAUCCAACGACUUCAUCCAACUCCAACUCAGGAACGGAACGUUACAAGCCACGUACAACAUGGGGCUGAAUGAUCACGUGACUGAAGUGGGAGGAGUCAGGGUCGAUGAUGGUGCUGUCCACAGGGUCGUCUUUGUUAGGUGGGGCGGAAACUCUAGUCUGCGAUUGGACGAGAGAUCGCCCGUCUAUUACUACGCUAACGGGCCUCAACACACGACUUUCAACCACCAGAUGGGGGUCUUGAUUGGUGGAGAUGGUCGUGACGUCACAGCCAAUCAUUUCGUCGGCUUGAUGUCAGGUUUUCACUGGAAUGGUCUGAACAUGUUUGAGAUGGAGAACAUAAAGCUGGCCGGACACGUUAAAACGAGCCACGACAAACAAACAUUUCACAGUUUUUUCUCUGAUUAUACUAAAAUUGAAACUAACUCCCACGGUAACAACACUCCUUACAACUUAAUUAACAACAACAACAAUAACAACAACAAUAAUAAUAAUAAACUUGAAAUUUACGGAAAAAACCGCCUAGAUGACGAUGCAUUAACCGGCGAUGACAUUGACCAUGAUGACAUAAUAUUGGCCACAGCGGUCGUAACGGGCACAAUAAUAUUCAUCUGUCUGGUGACACUUGCCAUCUGUAAGAUGAAGUCAAGGAACCAGGGUUCGUACAAGGUCGACUCGAGGUCGCAGUAUCAAUACCAAAUAUGCCUCAACGACGUCACGUCCGUUGUAAAUAACAGCGUCAACAACAACAAUAAUAAUAGUAAUAAUAGUAAUAAUAAUAUGAACAAUAAUGUCGAUUUAGCUAGUGAGAGUAAUCGAUAUAUUAUUGACAACGACAGCGUUAAUAAUAGCAACGAUCGUAGUGUUAAUAAUCUAAAAAGUUCCACAUUGGUGAGAGGUGCCUGCGUGCAGUCGAACACGGACGCCAACAGUCUCGCUGGAAUCGGCACGGUCCUCUCCCUUAAAAAACUCAGCCUCAGUAGUUCAAGCGGCACUCCCAGUGGCUUAAAUGGUAGCAGUAAGUUGGGCGGCGGCGCGGCGAAAAAAUUUUCUAAGAGCAAAAAUGAGAAAUCGUACAUAACGAAGAGAUUGUCAUCCAGUGGCAGGUGUCAGAAGGAAGAUAGGGAAUGGUACGUCUGA